UGAACGUUAGCGCAUGCAUCCAUUACAGAGCAGCAGAGGUUUUCAUUCGAUCCUGGCCGCUAUACCUGAAGAGCGCGACAUACGAGGGACCUGGCAAUGAUCUCACUGGACUUCAAUUUGAAUGUUUUGACAAGGGACCUGUCACUUUAUCUGGAAAAUCAAGUGAAAGUUGGGCUUUUUGGAUCUGGAGUACUGUCACUGGUGCUCGGCUUCAGCGCAGCUUAUGCCUACUACUACUUGAUCUCUGUCGCGAAGAAGCCCCAACUGAUUUCUGGUGGAAAGAAGUUCUACCAGUUCCUGCGGGACCAAUGUCCCGUGGUGUCAGAGACCUACUACCCCACCUUCUGGUGCUGGGAGAGCCGGAUCCAGACGGUGCUUAGGCCCUUCGUCACGGCUAAACCGGGUGUCAGCUACAGAAAUGAGCUCAUUAGAGCAGAAGAUGGAGGACAGCUCUCUCUGGAUUGGUUCGACAACGAUGACAGCGCCUCCCACCCCAACGCGGCCACACGGCCCACUGUCCUGCUGCUUCCAGGCCUGACCGGUACCAGCAGAGAGUCCUACAUCCUCCACAUGGUGCAGCAGAGCAGGGAUCUGGGUUAUAGGUGUGCGGUAUUCAACAACAGAGGGGUGUCUGGUGAAACUCUCUUGACUCCCAGAACAUACUGUGCUGCCAACACAGAGGACCUGGAGGCGGUCAUCGAACACAUCCAGAGGACAAAUGAGGACGCCCCUCUCAUGGCUGCUGGGGUCUCCAUGGGCGGGAUGAUGCUGGCGAACUACCUGGGGAGGAAGGGCAGAGAGACAUGCCUGAAAGGCGUGGUUGUGUUCUCGGCAGGCUGGGAUGUGUUUGAGUGCACAGCGUCACUGGAGAAGCCUCUGGACCGCUUUCUCUUCAACUCCUACCUCACCAGCUGCCUGCAGGCGGGCGUGGACAGACACAAAUCUGUGCUUGAGAAGAGUUACGACAUUGAUCAUGUGAUGAAGGCAAAGACCCUCCGUGAGUUUGAUGAGAGGUUCACGUCUAUAAUGUUUGGCUACCCCACCAAUGAUGACUACUACCAUGAUGCCAGUCCCAUCCACAGGCUCAAGUCUGUGCAGGUGCCCAUGUUGUGUCUAAACGCUGCAGACGACGUCUUCUCUCCCAGUCAUGCCAUUCCAGUGGAGGCGGUGAAGCAGAACCCUAACCUAGCCCUCUCAUCACCUGCCACGGUGGCCAUAUUGGUUUCCUGGAGGGCCUGUGGCCCCGACAGAGCACUACAUGGACCGCGUGUUUAAGCAGUUUGCCAAGGCCGUCUAGAAGACAGGUGGCGACCUCAAUGACCUUUCCAGCUAGUACGACAUUCAUUUUCUCCCUCCUCUCUUUUCUUUUAUUUCUUUCCUCCUCCCUCCAGUCCUUCUCCUCCCUCUCUCACUACAAGCAAAAAAGCAUUGUUUAUUUUUGAAGGCACAUCCUGUCGCCAACACAGCAUUCGUCCGUCAACUCAUAUAUUCCUUCAUACAUUCAUUAAUUCCAUGUAUGUAGCCAUGAAUUCAUAUCAUGCUUAUUUUAAAGAU